AAUUAAAAAUAAAUAGUAUUUUUCUCUCUCUCUCUCUCUCUCUAGGGAGAGUCAAAGACGAAAUCUCAGAGCUAAACUCUAGAAGACCUGUACUUUGCUCUCUGUUCUGCAAUAACGAGGAAAGAAUCUAGCAUCAGAGUCAGCUCAAUUUCAUUUUUCUAAUUUGGUUUGGAUUUGUUCUGAAGAUGAAACUUUUUAGCAGCUGUUGUGGAAAAGGAUCCGAUGGGGAAAAGGAAGCCAAGACAGAGCCACCUCGUAAGGUCUUCUCACUGAAAGAACUUCAUGCAGCCACAAACAGUUUCAACUACGACAACAAACUCGGCGAAGGACGUUUCAGCAGUGUCUAUUGGGGUCAGCUCUCAGAUGGUUCGCAAAUUGCAGUCAAGAGAUUAAAGUCAUGGAGCAACAGAGAAGAUAUAAACUUCGCUCUCGAGGUCGACAUUCUUUCGCGUAUCCGUCACAAGAACUUGUUGAGUGUGCGUGGCUACUGUGACGAAGGACAAGAGCGUCUUCUCGUGUAUGAGUACAUGCCGAAUCUGAGCUUGGUUUCGCAUCUUCAUGGUCAGCAUUCAGCUGAGUGCAUUCUAGAUUGUACUAAGCGGUUGAAGAUUGCCAUAAGUGCUGCUCAAGCCAUUGCGUACCUACACCAUCACGCAACACCGCGUGUAGUCCACGGUGAUGUGAGAGCUAGCAAUGUGUUGCUAAACUCUGAGUAUGAAGCUCGGGUUACGGAUUUUGGAUAUGGUAAACUGAUGCCAGAUGAUGAGGCCAAGAAUGAUAAUAACAAUGGGUAUCUCUCACCAGAGUGUGUUGCAUCAGAAGCAGGGGAUGUGUUUAGUUUUGGUAUCUUAUUGCUGGAACUGGUUAGUGGGAAGAGACCAGUGGAGAGGCUAAACGCAACAACAAAGAGGGGUAUAUCGGAGUGGGUGUUACCACUUGUUUACGAGGGAAAGUUUGGUGAGAUAGUGGAUGAGAGGGUGAAAGAGGAGGAGGUGGGAGAAAGGUUGAAGAAAGUGGUGUUGGUGGGUCUUUUGUGUGCUCAGAGAGAGCCGGAGAUGAGACCAACAAUGUCUCAGGUGGUGGAGAUGUUGAUGAAUGAAUCAAAGGAGAAAAUGUCUGAACUUGAAGCCAAUCCUCUGUUUAAGAAACCGUGUAGCGGUGAAGAAAACCAUAGAGAGGAUCAGGAGGGUGUAGAUGUGAUCUCAGAAGAGAAGGAUGAUCAUCAUCAGCAACAAGAAGAAGAAUAGGGAUCCUUUAGGUACAGAGUUUGUUCUCGCAGAUUGUUUUUUUUUACCAUGUUCUGUUCAUAUUUGUGAUAUUGAUUUGAUUGAUUUGGUGUUUGUAAGGUGUGGUAUUUGGUAUGUAAAGGCAGAGUUGUGUUAUUACUUUUGGUCUUGCUUGAAAGAUUGAUACUUAUAUUUAUGUAUGAUACUGAGACUUUUACA